UGGAAGCCGGUGGUCAGACUGGGAUGCUGCUGCUGCUGCUGCUGCUGUCCGUGAUGUGAGGAGACAUCCCAGAGCUGAUGAAACCGUCCCUGACACACAUUUCUGCAUCUCUGCAGUCACACGUACAGCUGCUCUGUGGGGUAAGGAGCAGUUCAAGUUGGCUUCCUGCCUGUUGAGAUGCGCCAAUAGGAAACACUGUGAAGGGGGUUCAUGCUGAUGAAAUUGAUCUGCUCAGUGAGCUCCAACCAGAGCCAUGGGGAGUACCCAGACUGUCGGAGUGAGAGGGAGUCCGGCGGGGAGGCGUCUCUCCUGGUGUCUCCGCUGGUGGUGGCCGGGAUUGUUAUAGGUCUCGUCCUCUUCCUCUCCUGCAUCACCAUCAUCGUCGGCAGCCUCCGCAAAGACAGUCGAUUCCGAAACCCACACCUUCGAGCCAGCUAUGGACCAGACGGGUUUUCCUACGGAGGUUCAGCAGGGGAACUGAGGUCCAGCUGCCUAGAGGACUUCCCUCCUGGUUUGGACUUUGACCUGUUCAGACAGAAUCUGUCCCACAUCGAUAGCCUGUAUCCUGACUCACCGCCACGCUAUGACGAGUGCGUUGGCCCAGGUUCCACUCAGAUCUACGUACCCACAGAUGACCCCCCUCCGUACUCUCUGCUGGACCCCUGUCACAGAGGGGCGGAGUCGGAGGAGCAGCCCAGCUCCACCCGUCCAGACCCUUCUCCGGUGUAUGGAGAGAUCUCCGGCAGCGCUGCCUGGCUCUCCCCCUCCCGCUCCCCCCAGGGACUGCCGGAGCGAGGGCAUCAACACAUCACAUCCAUCUCCUUCCCGCUGGAGGCGGCGCCGCCCUACGAGUCGGUGCUGGUUGAGCAGGGACAGCCCCUCCCUCUCAUGCCGUGUGACCUUCAUAAACACCAAUCAGAGAGGGAAGAAGACAGCAACUCCCCACAGCUCCCAGCAAACCAGAUCUCCUAGGACGCUUGAUUUGUUUUCCUCACCUGAGCUCUUGGUCAUUCCCAGUUGAGUUAAACGAGCACUCAGAUAAGGGCAAUAAUGGCUGUUAGAAGCUGCUGCAGCACCAAAGGGUGGACAUUAAUAAGAGGCACGCUUCUGCCACGGCGUUGCAAACACCUUACAAGACUGUAACACCACUGUGGACUGCACCGCCACGAGGACGGUGUGUCUCUGGACAAAUUACUGACAAACAGAGCAGCGUUUUGCUGUUUCUGGGAUGAUAAGACUUUGUCAUCCCAGUAUGCUGGACAAAGUCUCAACUGUUAGGCUGUCCAGCUCAUCCUUAACCAUAUUUUAACUGUUAUUGUUUAUCAAAUUAGAAUGUGUGACAUGUGCAAAGUUUAAGCUGUCAAGUGAUAAGAAAAACUGAAUGCAAAUAAGAAGAAUAUGAUUUUUAAUUGUGUAGUUUUGGAGUAUAGGCCAGCACCAGUGAGUACUGUUCUGCGCACCGCAGGUUAAACUUCUCCAAUUGGUGUUAAGUUUCAGACCAGUAGCUUCCAGUUUGGUGGUAGUAUCCUAUUAAUAAGACUUUGAGAUGAAACAGUUGUGACCACAGCCAAAGGGAACUGGAACACUACCUUGGCAGGAAGAAGGAAUUGUCAAAUCGCCAUUCUUCCCAGGUACGUUUGCAUAACUUUUGAUUAAAGCACUAUAAUAUUAUUGUUAAAUACUUGCAGCAUGCGUUGUCAUCACUGGAGAAGAGCUCAACUUGUCUGGAGUUUGUCGUAACUCCUCUUAUCAAGGGCUCUGGUUGUAAUAUCAAUGCUGAAGCUGGACCCCAGCAGCAAAAUGUAGCUCUGAGUCUUCCUCCUCACAAGGUCGGGUCGAUGCAACAGCGGCGUAAACGUGGAACCGUUGAUUCCCUCCGAAAUAGACGCUUCUGCCUCAUGAAGGAAUUUGAUUUGGCCAUUACAGACAUUUAACAUUUACCGGCAGGUAAUCUAUGUUUGUAGAAGUGAGACACUGAGGUUAAUAGACAGAAGUUUAAAAAAAAAGAAGCAUGUCAGGAAUAACAGUCGCAUUGUGUCAGAUAUCGAUUCAUUCUGUGCAUAAAUUUGGGGAAAACCUUCGUCACAACGUCCAGAGCCAAAGAUUUCAGUUCACUUUCCCGGAUAAAAACAUUAACUCUGUUCUGUUCGUGAAAAUUUACAUCGUGAGAAACAUUCUGCAUGUGUCACUAUUCAAUCUAUAACUUCCAACUCAGAAACAGAGCAUAUAUUGUGAAUGUUUAGACACGGUAUCACAAAACUGAUCAAAAAUGUGUAAAACUAAUAUGACAUUCGAGACAAAGUGAUGAAUACGUUUAUAUUUAUGACAUGUGGGGUAAAUAUAAAGAGUAUUGACGACUUAGACAGCAAAAAUUUUGAAAGCAUAUAAAGGUCUAAUUUUGUCCUUUUUUUGAAUAUUUUCAUAUCUGAGGUCACUCUCAAGAAUAGAUCAUGUAGUUAAAUAUUAAGGCAAAUAGUCUUUAAACAAAUUUAUGAUUUACAUUUACCAUUUUAGAUAUCUAUGCAUCCUGCAUGUAUUUGGUCCAAAGUUUGUUGCUACGGCCCUGCGCACAUGGGGGCAAUGUAGACUAGAGAAAAAACUAAAGAAAAUAAAAGUGGACGACAUACAAAUUAUACAAAGUUUAAAGGGUGCCAUGCAAAAAACAAAAGUAAUGGUUCCUGAAAAAUUCAAAUAUACCGUCUAUAUCGCCCAACAAUGUCGAAGUUUCUAGUUUUCAAGCUGUUUGUCGAGUUUUAGCCACGCUAAAAAAAAGGUUUGUUCAGGUAAUGUUUCAUGUAAAUUAAGUCUUUCAUGCUGUGGACCGACACAGCUAAACUGCAAUCUGUAAGAAAAUCAUCAUUAAACACCUGAAAACUCUGUAUUUUCAUAUAAUUGAACACAUACUGACACAGACAGAAGCAGAGGAGCAGUGUUAGCAUGGGGGGAGUGUGUGGAGGAAACACUUUGGCUAUCCUGGAGACACUAAGACCUGUAGACACCAUUUACCACCAGUUAUUGGGGCAUGAAGUCAUUUAGGACUGAGCUUUAAUAACAAUAUAAAUGCCGUCGUUUUUAAAUCGUUAGUCCAGAUUCUGUGUUUGCAACCACUUUUUGUUUUAAUUUUCACAUGGAUAAUUGUCAUUGUGUGACUGUGCAACAGUUUAUUUUGAAAGAUGUGCCUAGAAGACGCCGCUCCUCGACUUUUAGUUUUCAGCAUUGUAGCCAUAAUAAUCUUUGUGCUGAUAAUUGUCUGGUGAUUACAGAUUGGCUUCCUGAUGUUGUUUAGAAAGAUGCAUCUAGUUAUAAUUACAGAAAGAGACAAAAGAAAUCACUGACUGUUUCAAGCUUCAACGGAUUGCUGUUUUUUUGUCGUUUGAUCAUACAGACACCUGAAGAGAAAAAUCACAUCCCUAACUGGGCAUUGUUUAUUUAUUAAUAACUGUAUAUUGUAAAGUGUAUUGUUUUUUUUCUUGUUCUUUUGUGAUGAGAAAAGAUGAAAAAAAAAAGAUUUUAUCUUUUUUUUCUCUUUUCUUAUCCACAGUUGCAACCAGAUACUUACAUUUAAAGAAAAUUAAAAACGAUUUUUCUCCACUUGUGAACUUCAACCAACUCAAGGAAGUGUUUCCUAUUGUAGGUUUUUUAAGCUUUGUUCAACAUCAGAUGUUAAAUUGCACUUGGCAAGCACACACACACACAUUCGCUUAUUUGGCAGAGGUGCCUUUAAACUACUGAUUUAAAUUCUGCAUUUCCUGCAGGGAUUUUGGUUCAUCCGUCUUGACACGACUGGUGGGGAUGAGUCAAGUUUCUGGUCCUUCUUUCUUUGCACAUGCUUGUUCAGUGCAGUACACUUUUCUUACAGGACUGAGGUCUUUUGAUGUCUUUUAGCCACUUUCCAACUAAUGUGAGGUGAUGUAUGGGCUCAUCAUCCAUUUGGGAGAGUCAUCCACACCCUUUUAACUUUGUGGCUGAAAUCUUCACAAGUUGCUUUUCAAUAUCCACAUAAUCUUCUCUCCUCAUUAUGCACCGUUCCCUCUGACAACAGAGCCGUGCUGCCGCCCCCAUCCUUGUCAGUUUGAACAGUUUUCUGAGGAUAAAGACGAUCUCCUCCUGGUUUCAGUCUUGCACAUUUCAAACCAGGGCAUGUUCAUCGCUGGUACACUAAAAUGUUCUCCCGUCUGAACGGGAGUUGUGUGCUCCUAUGCUUGUGUAUUAUUGUUUGAUGAAGGUGGAACCUUCAGGCAUCUGGAGAACCAGGCUUGUGACGGUCUGCAAUUCCUUUCCUGAUAUCUUAGUUUAUUGUCCUUUUUCUGAUUAUCCUAUGAUUAAACACGAUGAGGCCAAUGUGUUUAAAGGUGUGCCUUAAAGUUCAUGCACAGGCAGGCCUCCAGUAAACUCAGAUGAUGCUUGUUGGCCUAUCAGCAGCUCCACGUUGGAUUGUUCGAGCUGUUUAAAAUUCAUAAUCGGCUUAAUUUUGUUAAACGUAUGAAACAUUCAAGAAAGUAAGAAAUAAUUAUCUUAAAAACAUUGUCUGUCUCAUUACUCUAUCAUUAUUCUGGAAAUUUCAAAUUCCAAAGGGAUUUAAAAUGCUCUAUACCGUCAGAUGUGGAGGAAAAACGUUUUCUUUUCUAAACUGUAACCAAACUUCUGGUUUCAACUGUAUAUAUCAACAAGCUUCAGGAAUCCUUAAUUCACUAACGACUCAUUCACUACUGAUUUUUGUCUGCAACUGAAACUGGCAAAAGAAAUAAAUAAAUAUAAAUAAUUAAAUUAUUACAUCCUUAAUAAGCCAUUGUUGUUUUUAUCUAGUAGUUAUCAUAAAAAUACAUAAACUUGAGUGUUUUAUGUUGGAAAUACAGUACACAAUGUUGAAUAUGUGUAUUUUGAUCUUCUAAUCAGAGGAAACAACCUCAAGAUGUAACUAUUGGAUUAAACCAAAACUGUUCUACACUCGUCCACUAGAGGGCGAUGCAGAGUUGUGAUUAAAGAGUCAGCUUUUUAUUUUUCCUGUUGAAAAAUCAUUUGAAAUUAAAGUUUGAUCCCUGACACUGAAGUAAAGAGAACAAUCACCAGACUCUAUGUUGCUGUGUUUGCAUAAGAUGAGGAGUGUGUUGGUGCUUUUUUUUUAAGAGUGGCGCAAACUUAAAAUGUAAAAGUUGUCAAUGUUAUAUUUACUUUAAAAAAAAUCUCUGAGAAUGAAUGUGACUCCUUGCUUGAAUUGUUUUUACAAUGCAUCAGUCUCACUUUUGUUUGCAUAUCAUUGCUUUUUUCCAGUCAACACUAAUUUGUAGGAUUAUUCUCUGUAUGUGGACGAUAUGUAAAUAUAUUACAUGUGUAUCACUUCCGAUUUGUCUUCCUCUCUU